AUGACCGAGAGACUGGUCUUGGAAAACAUUAUAAAAUACGCAUCCAAUGGGAGAUUGGUGCACUGCGAUGGGACCCUUCUCCCGAGGUUUCCAGGGAAGGGUGGAAUUGCGGCUCUUUUGAUCGCAGAGAGCAAGGCGAGGUUGGGGGAUCGGUAUAGAGACCUUCCACCGCACCAGAUGACAAGAGACGUCCAGGCAGUUGGGUUGCUACGGGAUUCCCAAGAGGUGAUUCGAGGGAAUGUCUUUGCGGUAUCGGCAGACCAGGUCUACUCUUUUUCUGCUGUCACGCAGUCAAAGGCGAAGCCUACUGUGGAGACAGAGUCAGAAGAGGAAGUCAGCGGACUGCGGGAAGUAGAUAUCGAGCAUGCGAAGGGCCGUGGAAGUGGGAGGCCAUCCAUUGUCAAGGUACAAUCGCCAUCGGACAAGACAGCGUUCACCCGAGUAGAAGGCGGAGAUUCUCCGGGGCAUGGAAAAGGCUCGCAGAUGCACUCUAGCAACACAGAGGAGGGUUGGAAAGAACGAGAGAGGAAGAAAGCGGAAGAGUGGCGUUGGGGAGAUGGCAAAGACAAGUAUGGUGACAGGAGCGGGGCACAGUACAGAUUCACGUCGCAGCUACAAGACAGUGUCUCGAUCGAUGAGGUUCAAGCACGCAUAUUGGACUCGGAGAUCUCAUUGCCGAUUCGGGCCAUAUUAGGAGCUUCACCGGAGCUACAGAAGCGCAUCGCCUCCAUGACCAAGACUCGUCGGGAGUUCUCAGCCAAAGCUGGCGACAGCGUGCUGGUCAGCCUGACAUCCCCUCCUGAAAGCCCGGACCAUCAGCAGGUCACUGGGCGUGCUUCCGGCUCACAGCUAGAUGUCGCAGAUGCAGACAAGGGUGGAGAUUCAUCGGGUGUGGCCUAUCUAACAUGUGCGGACCCGACGGAGGCUAUGCAAAUCCUCCAUCGGUUUGCGAAUGCGGUGUCUCUUGGAUCAAAAUGCUUCUAUGCCAUGGCAAGCGGCAUUGUGCAAGGGAAGUUUGGCUCUGAGGACAUUACCUACCUUGUCGACAGCGGCUCUGAGCUCAAUCUCAUUACGAGCCGGGUAUAUGACCAAGCGGGCGUCGAAAUCGAUUCCGACGGUGCUCGCUGGUCCCUCAAAGGAAUCAGCGGAGAUCCAGUUCCCUUACUCGGGUGUUGCAGGGAUGCUCCAGUCGAGAUUGGAGGCUGGCGAUUUGAUCACCACUUCUUCGUCGGCACGUGGAAGUUCGGUCAUCACGACGGUAUCCUCGGUCAACCGUGGCUCCAGUGGUACUCUGCGCAGAUCGACUACACCCGCAGAGUUUCAGCCGACCUUCUCGCUUACCCCUCAGAAGAUCGUACCAGCAAAUGCCUUCGUAUCUGUCUCAUCGGAGUCGAUAACUCACGGAACUCAGACCGGCUCAUCAUGGCUUCCAGUGGUGAGACAGACGGAGUGGGCGCCCUCUGA